AGUAGCAACAUUCUCAUGCUUUGCAAAUACUUGGUUUAUAUUUUUACUGGAUGCUUAGGAGUUGCAAUGAACAUGACGACGGAAGAAUGGUGCGACAGGAUGAAGACAACCUACAAUGGAAAGAACUACACCAUCGUGAGAGUUAAGGAGCACAAGACGGCUGCCACUCAACUUGCCACAUUUGCCAUUGACGAUGAACAAGAGAUGUGGUUCCAGACAUAUUACACGACGACGACGAAGCAUUCUUCUUUCUUUCAAUUACUGGGACCAAGCUAUUUAAUGCAUCAAACGACCUGGCAAGACUGCACGAGAGGUUAGUGAUA